UGUCCUGGAGUGGAGUUUAUGGGCCUGCACGAUGAGAAUAAUGCAGUGAUCAAGAUCAGCUUUAUUCCCAACCAGUGCCAAAUUGUCACCUUACUGGAUGACAACAGCCUCCACUUAUGGUCCUUCAAGCAGCAUGAUGGAGUCUCUGAGCUGCAUGAGGAAAAGAAGUUUACCCUUCGUGGACCUCCAGGUGCACCUCCCAGUGUAACACAAAUUAAGGUGCUGCUAGCACACUCCUCUGGGGAAAGACUAUAUAUGUGGGUACAGAGGGAGGCAGUGUUUUCACCAUCUCUUUACCAAACUUGCAAGUAGUAGAAGAAAAGACAGUUGCGCACGAUGUGGCAUUGCAAGGUCUUCCAAAAGAUUAUGCUAACAGACGUCCCUUUGAGUCAGUGGAAGCCUUACAGGAGCACCCAAGGAAUCCAGAUCAGCUCCUGAUUGGCUACAGCCGU